ACUGCGUGGCGUGCAGAACCGAACUCUGCGGUCCUGAUGUGCUCUGAAAGCUCUCUGGAGCGAGAUGCAGGGGGACGCGCCCCUAAGACCCGGCCUCAAGACUCUUUCCCUCCGGGCUGGUUUAAACCCUGGAAACUGGACACACGCCCAACCUCUCCAGCUCGCUGUCCCCGCCCCCUUAUCUGAAGCACACCUUCAGGGCGUUGCCAUGGGGAUGGGGAGGCCUUACCUGAGUCCAGGUAGGCGGCGCCUCCAGCCCCGGAGCCCCCGAGUCUCUGCUGCGAAUUCUAGCACCGAGUCUGUGGCCACUGCAGAAGCUGCCCCCACUGCAGAAGCUGCCCCCACUGCAGCUGCCGCGAAGGCUGCAAAGGCCUCUGAGACUGCAAAAACCUCGGAAGUUAUAUUCUUGCAGACCCCUGGCCCCAUGCCCGGCCGGGAUUACGAGGUCCGGGACAAUACCUCCCCCAGACACAACAUCGUAUCCAAGCACGGUACCGCGUGGCACCUGGGACUGGGCCGCUGCACUUUCGCCUUCUGGCUGGCUGUGAGUUUUGACUUAGUGGGGCUGGUGGUACUGAUAACGGGAGUCUUCUCCGAGGUCUUUUUUUACGACUUGCUGCUGUAUGCGGGUUCCAUCAUCAUUUUCCUCAGUCUCAUUUGGUGGGUCUUCUGGUAUACUGGCAAUGUUGAGGCGCCACCGGACCACUCCCUCUUGCCCGGCAAACGGCUCCAACUGAGGUCUUCCAGCUACCUCCAAACCCUUCGAAACAGCAUUAGCCAACGCUUAACGUUCUCUAGGCAGGGGAGAACCCGGAGCAUUAGAAACAAAUUCCCCAUGCAGUUAACCCUGAAGACGAUCAAUACUUCUCAGGCAGGAACCCCGCCAAGAGGAAACCCAGAAGACCUCCAGUCAGAGAGGCCCCGACUAAAACACUCCCUGUUAGAAAGCUUCCAUCCAAAAAAUUCCCCCCCAGAAACCCUCCAAUCAGAGAGCGCUCAGUCAAAAAGUCGUCAACCAGAAAACCCUCAACUAAAAGACCUUACUCCCAAACAGAAAGCCCUCAAGUAGAAAGUCCUCCAGCCAGAAAGCUCCCUUCUGGAAAGCUCCCAGUCAGAAAAUUCUCUAUGCAUAAAACAGAAGCCAGUGCUCAUUACCAAGAAAUCUUCUUUCCCAGACUUGGAGGAACUCCCCAUGGAAAAGCUGCAAGAUUCUGAAACUUUCCAACUCUAGCCCAAAUUCUGAGCUUCAAUCUCUUGCUACUUUUUCAUUAUCCUUUAGCAGGAAAUCCAAUACCAGCCAUAUGUCUAAAUUAAACCAUAAUCAGUUUGAGCCUUCUAAUAUUUAACUUCCUCUUCCAAGCUACGGAAUUGUCCCUUCUACUAUCCACACCAUCAUACUACCAACUAGCAGCAAGAGAUAACCUCAAUUAGGAAAAACAAACAAAAUCACCUUCGAGUAGCUCGUCCUGCUGCUUCCAUUUGAACUUUUUCUCCAUCUUCUCCAAGUGAGUACUUUUAGAAGAAUAUUAAAGUACAUUAUUCCUUAAUUGUUUCAAAAU